CUUAAAUCGUCGCCCAAGUAUAUAUGCCAUCGCCAACUGCCGAUUUAGCUUCAUUCGCCGCGCGACGUUCUCAGCAGUCCGUUUCGGUCGGUCAGCUCCUAGACACAAGUGGCAGCCACAUAAACUGACAACCGACGCAAGGCAACGGAGCCAUAACAAAAGCCGCCGAAAUGGCCUUCAUGCCGUGCUUCUAUGUCCCCAAGCGGAUUAACCUGGCGAUCAUGCUCUUCAUGGCCUGCCUCCUCAGCUAUAUGAUGCGGGUGAAUCUCUCGAUCAACAUCAUCGCCAUGGUGGAGGACACGAGCGUCCACGAGAAUGGAACGGAGGUGGAGGCUCUGCCCGAUUAUGGACCGCGCUAUAACUGGACGCAAUCGGAUCAGGCUUUGCUGCUGGGUGCCUAUUUCUAUGGCUAUAUGCUCACCUCACUGCCUGCCGGCACUCUGGCCGAGAUGCUGGGAGCCAGAAAUGUGGCAGGCUACAGUUGCCUGGUGGCCGGCAUCCUGACGGCUUUGACUCCGGCGGCAGCUGCCUGGGACAAAUAUGCGGUGUUUGUCUUGCGCUUCCUGAUCGGCUUCCUUAACGGUGUUGUGUAUCCGUGUUGCCACAGCCUGGUGUCCAAGUGGUCGCCUCCGGAUGAGAAGGGCAAGUUUGUGGCCUCGCUGAUGGGCGGUACCUUUGGCACUGUCAUCACAUGGCCAAUCAGCGGAGUGAUCAUCGAGAAUCUGGGCUGGGACUGGGCUUUCUACAUUGUGGGCAUAUUCGUGCUGUUUGUGGUCGCUAUAUGGUUCUACCUGGUGGCGGACACUCCUGCCCAGCACAGUACGAUCAGUCUCAAGGAGCGCGAAUAUAUCGAGAGCAGUUUGGGCGACACUCUGAGCAACAAGAAGAAGUGGCCACCAUACAAGGAGCUCGUCCUGUCGCUGCCCUUCUGGUCGCUCGUGAUGCUCCACUACGGCAGUAUGUGGGGUCUGUUCUUCCUGAUCACCGCCACGCCCAAGUUCUUGAGCGAGGUGCUGGGCUUCAAUCUGUCCUCCGCCGGCUUCCUAUCCAGCCUGCCACAUGUGGCACGUUUGCUCUGUGCCUUCGGUUUUGGCGCUGUGGCGGAUUGGAUUCGUCGACGUGGUUGUUGGUCGGUAACCCGCAUGCGCAAGGCCUUCUGCUUGCCCUCUCACAUUAUGCCCGGCGUUAUGCUGAUUAUCCUUGCCUACUUCGGUCGCGAUCCCUAUGUGUGCGUUGCCAUUAUGACCAUUUCGCUGGGCUUCAAUGGAGCAGCCACCGCCUCCAAUUUGGCCAAUUCCCAGGAUCUGGCGCCCAACUAUGCGGGCACGCUGUACGGCAUCAUCAACUGUGUUGGCACCACGCCCGGCAUCUUCUCGCCCCUGAUUGUGGCCGCCUUUACAAAGAACGAGAACACAAUCGAUCAGUGGUUCUGGGUGUUCAACAUUGGAGCCGCUGCCUACAUAUUGCCCGCCCUGUUUUUCUGGGUCUUUGGAUCGGGCAAGAUCCAGAAGUGGAACGAGGUUCAGACCACCGAGUCGCGAGAGGAUAUUGUCAACACAAAGUUGUAGUUUGUGUGCCCUGGCAAUCACCUGUGAUUAUGUACUUUAAGUAUUAUGCCAUAACGACGAUUUGUACUUCUUUAUGGAGAGAGAGUCCUAUUAAAACCAUA